AUGCAUCAAAUGAUGACAGUGUUUGAGAAUGCCCUAACCUCAAUUGCUGAAGCUCUCCUGAUGAUUAUGAUUUUUGCCAUGAAGCACACAAACGCAGUUGAAGAUUUACUGAAGUUAUUUAAUACUAUUUUUGAGCAGUCGGUUCUACCACACACGAAGUAUGCUUUCAAUAAAAUAUUUGGGGCCACUGAUUCUAUGACUUUUCAUUUUUAUUGCACUGAGUGCAACCACUACUUGGGAAAACAUGACGGGCAUGUGAAAAAAAAAUCAACUUUAAAGUGUCUCAACCCAAACAACGGAAAAGUCCUUGAUACUAACAAUCUUAAAGAAGGUAGUUUCUUUGCAACACUUUCUAUAAGAAACCAAAUUGCUGCCUUGCUGGAUCAAAAGGAAGUCAGAGAAUCACUGCUCGUAUCCCUGGAGAAAAUAAACCAAGAUUUAUACAAUGUUCCUGAGAGUAUUUCAGACUUGACUGAUAGAGAAAUCUACAAAGAGAAGCGAAGACAACUUUUCAACACUCAUGACUUCAGUCUGAUAAUGAAUACAGAUGGGAGGAGCCCUGUAUUCAGAUCCAGCAGGUGGCUCAUCUAA